AUGGAGCUGCUCAAUGCCCGCAUUUCUGGAAUUGAGAAGCUCUAUGCGGAGCUCGUCACUAAGGGUGACCUCGCGCUUUCCAAGCGGGAAUUGAGAUUACAUCUCAGGGAACAUGUUGUGUGGGAACGGAACACUGUGUGGCGGAAAAUGAUUGGUAUCGAACGCAAAUCACAAGCAGCGAAUAUGGGCCCAGAGCAACAGAAUUGCCUAGCCAUGUUGGUUUUUGUCAGUUUACUCUGGUCCACGGAGGUGAUCCCACUUUUCGUCACAUCAUUGCUUGUCCCCUUCCUUGUGGUCACUCUCCGCAUUAUGCGGACCGAAGAGAAACCCUACCGGCGCCUAAGCUCAAGAGAAGCAACCGGAGCUGCUUUCGCGGCGAUGUGGACGCCCGUAAUUAUGCUCUUGCUUGGCGGCUUUACUAUUGCUGCUGCUUUGUCGAAAUAUGACAUUGCCCGGAGGAUGGCAACAUUUAUCUUGAGUAAAGCGGGAACGAAACCACGAAUUGUUUUGGUCACGAAUAUGUUUGUCAGUAUGAUAUUGAGUAUGUUCAUUAGCAAUGUAGCGGCUCCAGUUUUGUGUUUUUCCAUCAUCCAGCCAAUGCUCCGAAACCUCCCCACAGACUCCCGGUUUUCUAAAGCCCUUGUCCUGGGCAUCGCCCUAGCCUCUAACGUCGGCGGCGCCGCAUCCCCUAUCGCUUCCCCGCAGAACAUCAUCGCCCUCCAAAACAUGAAUCCAGCCAUAAGUUGGGGGACCUGGUUCUUCAUUGCCCUACCCGUUUGCAUCAUUUGCAUCAUCGGAAUCUGGAUUCUUCUUCUCGUCACUUUCCAUCCGGGUCGUGGCACUACAAUCGUCCCCAUUCGACCAGUCAAGGACCAAUUCUCUGGUGUGCAAUGGUUCGUCACCCUCGUGACCCUCUUCACUAUCAUCCUCUGGUGCGUCAGCCACGAGCUCGAAGCUACCCUGGGUGACAUUGGCGUUAUCGCCAUUAUCCCGCUGGUGUUAUUCUUCGGCACGGGAAUUCUCACCAAGGAAGACUUCAACAACUUUCUCUGGACCAUCAUCAUCCUCGCCUCGGGCGGCCUCUGUCUGGGACACGCCGUCACUUCGUCAGGUCUCUUGCAUACUAUUGCCAAAGCCAUCACGGAGCGUGUUGGUGAUUUCAGCCUGUAUGGUGUCCUCAUAUCAUUCACAGGCCUCAUCUUAGUUGUGGCUACAUUCAUCUCGCAUACCGUUGCAGCCCUGAUUAUGCUCCCACUUGUCCAGCAGGUGGGCGCAAGCAUGAAUCAGCCCCACCCGAAUCUGCUGGUUAUGGGCAGUGCCCUGAUGUGCUCCGUUGCCAUGGGUUUGCCGACCAGCGGGUUUCCAAAUAUGACUGCUAUUAUGAUGGAAGUCCCCGAAACGGGCCAACGAUAUCUCCGUGUCCGCCACUUUAUUACUCGCGGUGUUCCGGCGAGUAUUUUGUCAUAUGGUGUGGUGGUGACUUUCAGUUUGGAUGCUUUUUCUUUCGCAUCAAGUUUAUACUUUAUAGUAUAA